AUAGAUGUCAGGUGACAAGAUUAUUGAUGUAUUAGAAGAUGAAUUUCUUGACGAUAGCCAGUUUGAUGACAGCCUUCUCUCACCUGAAGUCACAAAUCGGAUUGUGCACUCGGCCACUUCAGACACCUUGGACUCUGUUGCGUUAGGACCAAUGACUGAUGAAUUAUCUCUACUGGAAGAUCUCGGUGGCAGCAAUCCAAGUAUUGCAGAGGAUGAAAGGUAUGAAGAUACUGGGAUAGAGAUAUCAGGUUCAGGAGUGAAGGAAACAAUCACAGAGAACCAAAGUACAGAGGUACCAAUAAAUUUAGACACAACCUCUGUAGAAACAUUGGAAGAAAAGCUGUUUGGUAGUCCUGUUAAAGAUCAAAUCAAUAUAAGUAGCUACUUUACUAGUGACAGUCAGGAAAAUGAUCCAUUUAGUGCACUAAGCAGUGGACAAAGUCAGGAGGAGGUUAUACUGAGCUCACCACAAGCAGAGGAAACAGAGCAACCACAAGCAGUGGAAGUGAAACAACAAGAUCUUUUCAAUCAAACCAAUGACCAACAAUCUGAGACAAGAGAUAGUGGUGAAAUAGUAGUUCACCAUGAUAUGUUAGAAAGGAGACUCUCUAAAGAUGAGCCAGAAAGUGUUGAUUUUGAAGCUGUUCCUGAGAAUGAUUUAAAUGUUAUGGAGGCCUCCAUGCAGUUGAUAGAUGAUAAAGAAGAUUUUGAAUCUUUCACUGCUGAGAGUGGCCCAGCAGACAUUGACCAAGCAAUUGGAGGAAUAACAGAUAUCCAUCUGAAUGAAAGACAUAGAACCACUUCAGAAACAAUGCAUCAAGACUACAAUACACAAUUAUCCAUAUCCAGUCAGCAUUCCCAGGGUGCAAUACCAACUCCUCCCAUAAUUCCUUCUCCUGUCAAUCAGCCAUUCAGUGGACACCCUCUGUCGGCUGUAAAUGUUGCACCAUUAUUGACACCAAGCACACCAGUCUUUCCAACACAUGUUAAUGAAGAAAAAGAGGCUGCAGUGCAGGGAACAUUAGAUUUGGAGAGUAGUGCUACUAACACAUUCCAGUCUUUACCAAAUGUAGAUACCACAGAUCCAUUUACAACAAGCUUACAAAUGAGCGAGUCUGACAGACAGCAUGAUGCCUGGAUUCCAGCUGAUGGCACCAGACAAACUCUACUGACAAUAGCAACAAGUGUACCUGGUACUUACACCCCUUCCCUGGAGGAGCUGAGUACUCCUGGCAUUGUGGUUGAUGAACCACAGGGUGAUCCUGUGAGAGAUUUAGUGUACAGAUAUAUGGGAGAACAGGAAGCUAUCAAAAGACAAAUUCUGACUGUAGACAGUGUGACACAGGAUGUGGAGGGACUUAAAGCUCUCAUUAAAGGUGGUUGUUAUCGAUCAGCUAUAGACAUGUGCAGAAGGUUGUUAACAGCAGCGGGCCAGGGCCCUGGUAAAGCUGGUGAAAUUACCCAGCAUACAGUGCAUACAAUACAGUUAUGGUUUUGUCGUUUUACCCUUCUACUGAAACUAAGACUGUACAGUGUGGCAGAGUCAGAGAUGCAGGCUUUCCAAAAUCUAGACACCCCAGACCUCUACUUUGAAUUUUAUCCACACAUUUAUCCAGGUCGCAAAGGAUCCAUGGUACCAUUUGGGAUGAGGAUUUUACAUGCUGAGAUUCCACAUUACAUGGGAAGAUCACAGGAGACAAUAGACAGGCUUUACUACAUACUGGCCGUCACUCAAAAGAUACUUAAAAACCUUCAAGAAGGAUAUGCAGAAGAUGGAAGUGCAAUACAGCUUAGUGAUGGAAGCAGGAAAGGAUCUUUGGAGAUUUGGAAGGAACGUGAGAGACAAGUUUUAUAUGUCAUUGGAAAUACCUUCCUUGCAUUAAGAGAUUAUGAAGCUGCCAUGACCACAUACAAUAGUCUACUAGAGAAAGACCCCACAAGGAAGGCAGGACUACUCAGUGGAAUGGGUCGUAUUUACUUACAGAUGGGGAACGUUGACAAAGCCCAAGAGUGCUUUAAGCAUUCAGAGGUGAUCUCUAACAGUAGCGACAAAUCUAUACAAUGUAGAAAUGCUAUCAACAGGGGAUUAGAGGCUAUGUGUACGAACAAUUUCUCAGAUGCAUAUCAAAACUUCAAACAAGCCGUGGAAGCAGAUCCUUCUAACACCUCUGCCGUCAACAAUAUGGCAGCUUGUUCACUUUAUAUGGGCAAACUGAUGGAUGCACUGAAGACGUUAGAAGUUUUGGUGCAUGAAGACCCAGUAAGGAAUCUUCAUGAAGGAGUUUUAUUCAAUCUGUGUACAUUGUAUGAACUUGAGUCAUCACGUGCUCUUCAUAAGAAGCAGGCUUUACUGGACCUGGUCAGUCGACACAAAGGAGAUGGUUUCCCAGCAGCUUGUCUUAAAAUGGCUUAAUAAACUGUAAAUUUCUGUGGCAUAGUGCAAUAAUUAUUGAUUACAUGUACAGUAUAUUUGCAUACAUAUAUGCAGGACAAAGUUUUAUUGAAUAAAUGUGUAAAAUGUC